GACAUAGUGUGUCUAUCAGAUUCAAUUUGGUCCUGAGCAAUGGGCGCUGGUGCCGCCGACAAGCAUGUUGAGCCUUCGCUCAUGAGUGUUUACCUGGCAGUCCUCCUGGACAAGAUGGGGGCCAUGAUGGUGCUGCCGUUGCUGCCCUUCAUUGCCAGAAAGAUGGACAGCUCGCCCUUUGCCGUGGGCUUGUUGCAGUCCUUGUACAGCUUGACGCAGGUUUUCGGCACGCUUCUGCUGGGCCUGAUGGCGGAUGUGCAUGGGAAGCGGAGGAUUCUGCUGCUGAGCUUGGUCAGCUCGUCCGUUGCCCUCCUUGCCUUUGGCCUGUCUGUUUCCAUGUGGCAGCUACUCCUUGCUCGAGCUUUUCACGGCUUUUUCUCUGGUACGGUCAGCAUUUGUCAGGCCAUUGUGUCAGAAGUCACGGCGCCGGAGGACCGCGUGGGCAAGAUGGCGCUCAUCAUGGCUGCUUACGGCGUAGGUGUGGUUCUGGGCCCCGGCUUGGCGGGCCUCAUUGCGCCCUAUGGCUCGUUGCCGGUGUGCGCAGUGGCGGCGCUUUGUGCCUUCGCAAACUUUUGCCUGGGCUUGGUCCAAAUCCCGGAGAUCAAGCCUUUGAAGGCAUGUGCAGAGACCAAGAAUGCAGAGGCGCCCCCAAGCAGCACCCUAGCGGGUUGCAGCCAACUACUGCGAUCCCUCCUGGCUGACUACGUCCUUGCUGCAGUUUGUUUCCUCACUUUUUGCGAGGAGCUCGCGGUGGGAAUCUUCAUGGGCGUGUCGGCCUUGUUCUUCCAGGACCGGUAUGGCAUCACCGCCGGCAAGCUGGGGCUGGUGUUCUGUGCUGCUGGCACAGUCAUGGUCAUCUUCCAGGGUUUUGUGGUCAGCAAGCUGGUUGCUGCCAUUGGCAGGCCCACAAGCAUCCUGCUCGGCUGGGUGACGCGACUAGCGAUCUUCGUGGCCUUGGCAUCUCUGCAGUUCGCUGCGAUGCCGUGGCUCUCUGCGGUCUGUGUCGUGGCAGGAGGGGCACUCAUUGACCCCAGUUGCGCCAGCCUCACCAGUGAUCGAGCUUCAGAGGGCACAAGUGGAAUCUACCUCGGUGUCUAUCAGGCUGCUGCUUCUGUGGGCGCCUUUGUGGGUCCCAUCAUCGGCGGCUUCUUGUAUUGCUACGAGAUCACUGCUCCAUACUGGAUGGCAGCGGCCGUGUCACUGUCAUGCCUGCCGGCAGUUCUUGCGCUCUUCAGGUCACCAGCUCCGGAACGACAUCCAGCAAAGGAGCCAUUUAUUAUUAGCGAGGUAUCUCCCCCCCUGGCACGUGCCAUCAACAGGGCGGCCACUGGUUUCAGGUGCUUGGCAGACACAGGCGCGUCAAUGUUUACGCUCCCCUUGCCAGAGCUGGCUGCCCGCACCAUCCUUCACAAGGAGCGGAUCUCGGAGGAGUGCAUUCCCAUGAGAAAGUCCAGGUCGGAGCUGCAUUCAGUGCAACCGCGGGCAGGACGCCUGUUUUCGCGUGUGCUGCUGCGGCAGUACUCCAUGAACGCCUGCGACAGGUCCAAGACCGAGGCCUUGCUGCUGAAGUGGUCCCAGUCCCACGAUGGUCGCGACUUCGCGGAGUUUUUGAUGGACUCGUCCAAGCAACUCAUAGGUUCGGGAUGGAUUCACAUGCUGAAUCUUCUCUUCGCGAAGAAGCUGGAGGAGCAGUUUCAAUCCGCGGGCGGGGACGAGUGCGAUUGGUACUGGAUCAACAUAGUAGUUGACUGCACGCUGGGGGUGGCAGUGACCUUCGUGCUGCUGCAGCUGUCCGCAAGGCUGAUUCAGAUGAUGAUUCCUGAUCAGGCCGACGACUUCAGGAGCGGAGAGUAUCGAAUAGACGGCCGCACGGAUGCUGGGAAGUACGCGAAGCAGCUGGCGGUGUGGUUAGUAAUAGUGAGCAGCAUGAAGGUGAUCAUGGUGGCCUUCAUGGCUGUGGGUCACAGCACGCUGCUGGUGCUCGCGAAGAUGGCCCUCGCGCCGUUUUCCGCCAGCCCUAAUCUGAAACUGCUGGUGGCAAUGAUUGCCACCCCCUUCUGCAUGAAUGCGAUGCAGUUCUGGAUCACGGACAGCUUCAUCAAGAAGAAAGGUGGGGGUGCAGAGGAAGAUGAAGAUGACAUAGAGCUGGACGAUCGUGGUGGUCGCACUAAGAUUGACCACGGAGAUUUAUGA